AUGGAAUCCCAUCAAAUAGACUGUUUAAACAUCAACCUGAUGUAUUUCAAAUUUCUCGGCGUUUGGCCCGGUAACAAUCCGUGGCGCUUUUACAACUACUAUAGCAAAGCAUUCAUUAUGGUCUUUGUUAUUAUUUUCAUUUUACUGUUUUCCAUCAACUUUUAUUUCCUACCUAGACAACUUAAUAUUUUUAUAGAAGAAACGAUCAUUUAUUUCACUGACCUCGCUGUGACGUCUAAAGUUCUUACCUUCGUCUUUAUGCAUGAAGAAAUAAUUGAGAUUUUGGAUAUACUUGAAUGUGACCUAUUUCAACCAGAAGUCGAUGAAGAAAUGAUUAUUUUGGAAAACGCUAAGAAGUCUAGUAAGACCUAUUGCAAGAUUAUUAUGAUUGUUUCGUAUUUAUCGAGUACGUUGCUUAUUCUGUCUCCAUUAAUCAGUCACCUAAUUUUGGGGGUAGAAUUAGUGUUACCGAUCUGUCGUUAUGCUUUUAUUUCUGAUGAGUAUAGAUUGAUGUUCAUUUAUCCUAUCUAUCUGUAUCAAAUCGUGUCCAUACAUUUUCAUGUACUAUAUAAUGUGAAUGUAGACAUAUUUUUCUUUGGUCUGAUGGUGCUAGCUAUAGCACAGUUAGAUAUCCUUGAUAGAAAAUUAAGAAAAGUCACAGAUGGCAAUAAGGUAGAAGAUUCCGAUGGUGAGGCGUCAAGGUCACCAAUAGAUAAGAACAAGGAAGAUGUCAUGAAAAUAAAUCAAUGUAUCAUACAUUUCAUCAAAGUAUGCAGAUUUUGUGAGCUAAUUGAAGACGCAUUCAGUGCAACAUUAUUUGUGCAAUACAGUGCAGCGUCUUGUAUCAUAUGCGUUUGUUUGUGCAGAUUUACUAUGCCAGCUGAAAUGGGUUAUAUUGUAUUUCUGGCUUCUUACAUGUCAUUGAUGGUUUCACAAAUGAUGGCUCCUUGUUGGCUUGGUACUCGUCUUAUGGAUAAGAGUCAACUUCUUGCAUUCUCCGUUUACAAUUGCGACUGGACAUCUCGCUCGCGUGAGUUCAAGAGCAACAUGCGUUUCUUUGUGGACAGGGCCAACAAACCCCUCUCUAUUACUGGCGGCAAAAUGUUUAACUUGUCACUGGGCACGUUUACUUCUAUUAUGAACUCAGCUUAUUCAUUCUUCACUCUUCUCCAGCACUUUCAGAAAGAGUAA